AAAAUAUUUCCAUGCACUGAUUCUUCUUCUUGAAUCUUUACUUGCUCAAGAUUUCAAAAACAAAACCCUAACUGCGAUCCUUGUUAUUCAUCAUUAGGUUUUCUUAAAAUUUUAAGUGAUGUUGACAAUCGGAGAAGGAAAUGUGAUGACUUCAGACAACAGAUUUGCUUCGCCGCAAGCACCGUCUUCUUCUUCUCCGGGAACAAUCCAAAACCCUAAUUUUAAUUUCAUCCCUUUCAACUCUUUUCAUCCAUUAUCCCGAAGGAGGAGCAUGGGAUGAUGAGUAUGAUGAUGAUGAUGGGAGAUGGAACAGUAGAGGAAAUGAUGGAAAACGGGUCGGCAGGCGGGUCAUUCGGGUCGGGUAGUGAACAAGCAGAAGAUCCAAAGUUCGGAAACGAAUCUGAUGUCAAUGAACUUCAAGACGAUGAACAACCUCCUCCGGCUAAGAAGAAACGUUACCACAGACACACUAAUCGUCAGAUCCAAGAAAUGGAAGCGUUGUUUAAAGAAAACCCACAUCCAGACGACAAACAAAGAAAGAGGUUAAGUGAUGAACUUGGUCUUAAGCCUCGACAAGUCAAGUUUUGGUUCCAAAAUAGGCGUACCCAAAUGAAGGCACAACAAGACAGAAAUGAGAACGUGAUGUUAAGGGCAGAGAACGAUAAUCUUAAGUCGGAGAAUUGUCAUCUUCAGGCGGAGCUACGGUGCCUCUCUUGCCCUUCUUGCGGCGGCCCCACCGUCCUAGGCGACAUUCCUUUCAACGAGCUCCACAUUGAGAACUGUCGCCUCCGUGAAGAGCUUGAUCGUCUGUGCUGCAUUGCUUCGAGAUACACCGGCCGUCCGAUGCAAUCCAUGCCAUCAACCCAGCCGUUGAUCAAUCCUUCUCCGAUGCUUCCACAUCAUCAACCUUCAUUGGAGCUAGACAUGAGUGUAUACGCUGGGAACUUUCCAGAACAAUCUUGUACAGACAUGAUGAUGCUUCCACCACAAGAUACAGCUUGUUUCUUCCCUGAUCAGACUGUCAACAACAACAACAGCAAUAUGUUACUUGCGGAUGAAGAAAAGGUUAUCGCUAUGGAAUUUGCUGUCUCUUGUGUUCAAGAACUUACUAAAAUGUGUGACACAGAAGAGCCUUUGUGGAUUAAGAAGAAAUCAGACAAGAUUGGUGGCGAGACUUUGUGUCUGAAUGAGGAAGAGUACAUGAGGUUGUUCCCAUGGCCAAUGGAGAAUCAUAACAACAAAGGAGAUUUUCAUCGAGAAGCUUCAAAGGCGAAUGCAGUCGUUAUCAUGAACAGCAUAACGCUAGUUGACGCGUUUCUGAAUGCUGAUAAAUGGUCAGAGAUGUUCUGUUCAAUCGUGGCUAGGGCGAAAACGGUUCAGAUUAUUUCAUCUGGAGUUUCUGGAGCUAGUGGUUCUCUUCUUCUGAUGUUUGCAGAGUUACAGGUACUAUCUCCACUGGUUCCAACUCGAGAAGCUUAUUUUCUUCGGUAUGUGGAACAAAACGCGGAAACCGGAAAUUGGGCGAUUGUGGAUUUCCCGAUCGAUAGCUUCCAUGACCAAAUGCAACCACUGAAUACUAUUACUCAUGAGUAUAAGAGAAAACCUUCAGGCUGCAUCAUUCAAGACAUGCCUAAUGGAUACUCACAAGUCAAGUGGGUAGAGCAUGUUGAAGUAGAUGAGAAGCAUGUGCACGAGACCUUUGCUGAGUAUGUGAAAAGCGGAAUGGCCUUUGGAGCUAAUCGUUGGCUUGACGUGUUGCAGAGACAAUGCGAGAGGAUCGCUAGUCUAAUGGCUAGAAACAUAACUGACCUUGGAGGCUACACUGCUUACGGACAAUCUUGGACAGCUUUGUCGGAGACAACUAAGGACACCGUGAGGAUCACGACAAGGAAAAUGUGUGAACCUGGUCAGCCUACAGGAGUUGUUCUUUGUGCUGUCUCAACCACUUGGCUUCCAUUUUCUCACCAUCAAGUCUUUGAUCUCAUCCGUGAUCAACAUCACCAAUCUCUGCUAGAGGUUUUGUUCAAUGGUAAUUCACCUCAUGAAGUUGCUCAUAUCGCAAAUGGUUCACAUCCUGGAAAUUGCAUCUCUCUUCUUCGAAUCAAUGUCGCAAGCAAUUCAUGGCAUAACGUUGAGCUGAUGCUUCAAGAAAGCUGCAUUGAUAACUCCGGUAGCUUAAUCGUCUACUCCACCGUUGACGUUGACUCAAUCCAGCUGGCGAUGAACGGUGAAGAUUCUUCCAAUAUUCCGAUUUUACCCCUUGGAUUCUCCAUCGUCCCCGUGAAUCCUCCCGAGGGUAUUUCCGUCAAUUCGAAUUCUCCUCCGUCGUGUCUUCUCACCGUCGGGAUUCAGGUCUUGGCGAGCAACGUCCCAACCGCGAAACCAAAUCUCUCCACCGUUUCCACCAUCAAUAACCAUCUAUGCGCCACCGUUAAUCAGAUCACUUCCGCCCUCAGCAGCACCAUUACGCCGGCGAUUGCAUCUUCCGCCGCCGCGUCCAAACAAGAAGUCAGCUAAUUGACCGAAUUACCCUUAAACCUCCUUGCUUUUUCAGUCCAAGAUCAGUCCCGAGUCAGGGGCAAAAUAGUAAAUGAAAAAAGGGAGGUUCA